AUGUGGAACCUUCUUGGGGACUUAGGGAGAGCUGACAAAGGCCAUAAAGUCCUUUCUCGCUCAGGACUUCAGCCACCCCUUGUUGCCCCUCCUGAAGAUCCCAGAAUCAUGUUCAAGUCCUUGUCAGUGUGGAGCAAGCUUGACCUUGACCCGUUCGGAAAGUCCUUUUCUAUAAAUCACGCAGACUGGGAUCCAAAUACACGAGAAACAGAGGAGCACCUUCCUCUGACAAACCAGCCAAAGAGCACGGAUCCCCCUGAAAACGGUGCUCUGCACAUCUGGAUAAUUCCCGCUUCUGUUGCAGGUGUAUUCAUUGUUGCAGCGAAGCGAACUCCUUUUGGGACCUACGGAGGUUUGCUGAAGGACUUCACAGCCACCGACCUGACAGAACACGCUACUCGAGCUGCGCUGGCUGCUGGCAAGGUCUCUCCUGAGAUCAUCGACAGUGUCAUUGUUGGAAAUGUCAUGCAGAGCGCCGCAGAUGCGAUUUAUAUUGCAAGACACGUUGGUUUACGUGUGGGAGUUCCUGUCCCAGUUCCAGCCCUCACUGUCAACAGACUCUGUGGCUCUGGUUUCCAGUCCAUUGCCAGUGGAUGUCAGGAAAUUUGCCUUAAUGACUCAGAAGUUGUUCUGUGUGGUGGAGCUGAAAACAUGAGCCAGGCUCCUUAUGCAGUUCGAAACAUUCGAUUUGGAACCAGACUAGGAGCAGAACUCAAGUUGGAGGACACGCUGUGGGAAGGUCUAACAGAUACGCAUGUUAAAAUACCGAUGGCAGUUACGGCUGAAAAUCUGGCUGCGAAAUACAACAUCACACGAGAGGACUGUGAUCGAUACGCAUUCAAAACGCAACAGAGAUGCAAAGCUGCUCAUGAUGCUGGUUACUUUAAUGCUGAGAUGGCACCAAUUGAAGUGAAAACGAAAAAGGGAAAAGAAAGUAUGCAAAAGGACGAGCACCCAAAACCCCAGACCACUCUGGAACAAUUGGCAAAACUCCCAUCUAUCUUUAAAAAGGAUGGAACGGUGACUGCUGGGAAUGCUUCAGGGGUGUGUGAUGGAGCUGGUGCAGUCAUCAUUGCCAGCGAAUCAGCACUUAAAAAGCACAGCCUCACUCCUCUGGCAAGAGUGGUAGCCUAUCACUCAGCUGGCUGUGAUCCUUCCAUAAUGGGCAUUGGCCCUGUACCUGCAAUUACCGAGGUUCUGAAGAAAGCAGGAUUGACCCUGAAGGACAUGGAUUUGGUAGAGGUGAACGAGGCAUUUGCACCUCAGUAUCUAGCUGUCGAAAAAGCUUUGGGCCUUGACCCUGAAAAAACCAAUGUCAACGGAGGUGCCAUUGCUUUAGGUCAUCCUUUGGGUGCUUCAGGAUCACGGAUCACAGCUCAUCUGGUUCAUGAAUUAAGGCGUCGUGGUGGGAAAUACGCAGUUGGGUCAGCUUGCAUUGGCGGUGGACAAGGUAUUGCUCUUAUCAUUGAGAACACAGCCUGAGAGAUUAUGGAGACUGCAGUGUUGCCCGAAUUUCUAAUUCCCUGGGAAACUUCUGCUUUUGUGACAAUGAAGCGUCACUACCUGCCUUCAUUUUGUGCCAUUCCUGCAAGGUAAAGGAAUAGCUGAGAAGUCUGGAUUCUGAUUGAAAAGAUUAAUUAAUGUCUUUCUAACUAAAGGAAGUGUAACAGUAAUAUAAUUUCCCACCGAUGAAGUAUUUUCUAAAAGCCUCUUUUCAAUCAAAGUUAAUGUAUCUAGGCAAAAUUCUUUUAAUUUCCUGAGGAAAUUGCCUGUUAAACUUUCACCAAACCUGCCUUAAAAUAGCAGUCAGUGCAGCUUUUUAAGCAAGUAUUGCUUAAACUACUUCAGCUACUGUUGCUAUCUGGCACACGUGCCUCUUUUAUCAUCAGGAAAUGUGAAAAUUUAAUUGGAGACCUUCUGAAGUGUAUGCUGAUUGCAGAUUGAUGCCUAUAACCUGUACCCUGCUGUUUUGCAAGGGAAAAGAAAAUGAGCCAAAGCUGAAAUUUCCAUUGUGCCUCCCAAAAGAACAAUAAAUACAACAGAAAAA